AAGAGGAAAUUCCUGCUCCACUGAAGAUCCCCGCAUGGAGAAUUCCCCACCACCACCAGCACCGCAGGCGCAGGCGACGCGGCCCGAUCCCAUCCACCGCCCCGCUGAAGACCCCGCGCCGAUGCGGCCGCCGUCGCCGUCGUCGCCGCGCCCGCCUGUCGCGUUCCCGACGCUGGACUCGCUGGCGGCGUUCCUCCGGCCGCGGCUCCCUCCCGGGGCGCUCUCCUCCUGGGGCGCCGUGCCGGGGACCAAGACCCUCGCGAACCUGUUCCUGGAGCUCGCCGUGGGCGACUGCGCGCUGGACGCCGCCUCGCCGCGGGUGGUCCGCGCGGUGCACGUGGCCACGGUCCGCAUCCGCAACCGGCGCGGCGCGCGGCUCGUGGAAACCCGGCAGCUGCUCUCCGACGGCACGGUCCGGCGGCGCGGCCCGCGGCCGCUGUCCGAGAAGAUGCGGCCCGGCGAGUCCCCCGAGGCCGCCGCGGCGCGCGCCGUCCGGGAGGAGCUCGGCGCCCGCGCCCGCGUCCGGAUCCUCGGCGGGGCCGGCGCGCGCGUGGAGGAGCGGGAGUCCGCGUCCUACCCGGGCCUCCCCGCCCGCUACGUGCUCCACGCGGUCGACGCCGAGGUGGUGGACGGCGUGCCCGAGGACGGCGAGUUCGAGACCGAGGAGGCCGGCGAGGACGACGCCGCCGGUGCCAUCACCGUGAAGCGCCACUACUGGGAUUGGAUCGACGACGAUGACGACGGUGACAGUGAGCGCAAGGAAGUUGCUGCUGCCGGCGCGCGCGCGCACUAGGACUAGGGGCUGCUCCGUCAGUGGUGCAUGCCGAGCAAAUCGUCUGUCUCCUCCUGAUGAUUCUGUUGGCAAUUUCCCUGCCUCAGAUGAGCUCAGUAGGUUUGCAGUAUCAGCUCACAUUAUCGUUUCAGUUUCAGAGAUGAAAUCGUGAACUGCUCGUUCCUCCCAAAACUGAAAACGCACCCAAUCGUGAACCGCUCCCAAGUCUGAACAUAUAGGGAGUGCUGUACUGUAGGCUACUUUUGUUGCUUCCAGCUUCUGUGCGGGACCAUAAGGAACCGUGGAAUGUAACCGAUCAAAAUUUGUAUUUUCUGGGUGAUGAAA